ACGCGGAAUCAAAAAUAUCCUAAAUUCCAUAGACGCUGCUUAUGUUUAUAAAUAUCAUCCAAACUGAAACCUUUAAUUUCAACGAGGAAACAGACAGAAAGAUUGCAUAAUUUGACUUUUGUCUAGAGAGAGCAAGAAAAUAAGAAAGAAGAAGAAGGAUGUGUUUGGUGUUCGUGUGCGAUCAAGACGAGAGGGUGAUCGGAAGGUACGCAGCUCCUGGAGCGUGUCCGUAUUGCGGCGGAGCGGUUCAAGUGGUUGACGUUAAUAGCCAAUGGAGAUUCUGUUUCGUUCCUCUCUCUAAUAAAAACAAACGUCGCCAUCUCUGUUCCACUUGCGGUAAACGCCUCGCUGUCCAUGGCUGAAUGAAACCACCAAAAAAAAACCUCCCACUUCCUCCGAGAGAUCAUUUCUAUUAUGUAAUUGUAAAUAUCCAAGUUUCUGACUUGCUUUGUGUUUUGUGUUUGUAAUUCGUUUGUAACAGAACAAAAGAACAUGUCUACUGUUCUAUGAUUUCUCAGUUUAUGUAUGAAUCAUGAUUAUGAAUUAACAGAACAAAAGAACAUGUCUACUGUUCUAUGA